UCACCAUGAUUUGCCAGAACAUGGAUUGAGCUUUGAGCUGCAAAAGUAUCGUGAACGACAUCCGAGAGACAUCCAUCAAAACCGCUUCUUCACAAUCCCUCAUUGGAGCAUUUAUCCCACCUGAGAGACACCCACAAAUCUACCUAAACAAUGGCAUUCAGAGCAUUUAGGCCGGCAGCAGCCAUGGCUGCACGGACGACCGCCAGGCGCGGCUUCCACACGACGCGCCCAGCAUUCGUCAAGGCUGGCGACCCGCUCCCGGACGCGGAGUGUCUUGUCGAGGGCUCUCCGGGCAACAAGGUCAACAUUGCCAAGGAGUUUUCGCUCAACAAUGGCCUGAUCAUUGGCGUACCGGCCGCCUUCUCGGGUGCCUGCUCGACCAGCCACAUCCCUUCAUACAUGAAGCACCCCAAGAUCAAGGAUGUCGGCCAGGUGUUUGUCGUCUCGGUCAACGACGCCUUUGUUAUGAAGGCUUGGGCAGAGCAGAUGGACCCUGCCGGAGACUCUGGAUUCCGCUUCCUGGGAGACCCCCAGGGUGUCUUUACCAAAACUUUGGACCUCGACUUUGACGGCACGGCCAUCUUUGGCAACGAUCGGAGCAAACGUUACGCCCUCGUCAUUGAGAAUGGUAGAGUCAAGUCGGCUCACGUAGAGCCCGACAACACCGGAACAAACGUGUCCAUGGCCGACAAGGUUCUGGGAUGAUUUGUUGUAGGAUCUGAACGGUUCUCAGUACUUCUUUGGCGUCUGAAUAAGUGUAUCAAACGUAGGUUAGAGUCCUUAGGAAAUCCGAAUAUAAAGAACAAUAAACCCGA